CUUGUGUCGUGACCCGUUGCCAAAAUGUUGAGGAUAUGUCUCAGUGUUUUUCUGUUGCAAUUCGCAUUGUUAAUCAAUGCCACCGGCCUCUAUUCGGUUGUGGGGCCUGGCACCAUCCGCUCCAACUUCAGGUACAAUGUGGCCGUGUCCGUGCACAAGGCGGACGGCCCCAGCCAGAUGAGAAUCAGCCUCAAUGGACCCUCCUACAACGAGACAAAGGAGAUCGAGGUAGAGCCCAUGUCCACCCAGAAUGUGGGGUUCGAUGUGCCGAAGCUGGCCAGCGGGGACUACAAUCUGACAGCAGUCGGAGUGACGGGCAUCGUCUUCCAGAACUCCACCAAGCUGAACCAUGCCGACGAUAAGCUCCCGACCUUCAUUCAGACCGAUAAGGCCACCUACAAGCCCGCCGAUCUUGUGCAGUUCCGAGUACUAUUCGUCGACGAGUACACUAGACCGGCCAAGAUCGACAAGCCCAUCACGAUAGCCAUCACUGAUGGGGCCCAGAACCGCAUUAAGCAGCUGUCGGACAUCAAGCUGACGAAGGGCGUGUACUCCGGGGAGCUGCAGCUGUCCGAGCAGCCAGUGCUGGGCACCUGGAAGAUCGCCGUGAGUGUGGACGGCGAUGGCACGGAGACCAAGACAUUCGAGGUGGAUAAGUAUGUGCUGCCCAAGUUCGAGGUGAUCGUGGAGUCGCCCAAGGACGUGGCCGUGCAGGAUAAGGUGGUGAAGGCCACGAUCAGGGCUAAGUACACCUACGGCAAGCCGGUCAAGGGCAAGGCCACCGUCUCGAUCGAACCAAAUUUUGCACACUAUCUGAACCAUGAAUUUGGAAAACAGGAAAAGACGAUCAAUUUAGAUGGCAAGGGACACGUGGAGUUCAGCAUCGAAGGCAACCAAUACCGUGGCGGCUACUCUCCCCCUCUGAAAAUCCUGGCCAUCGUCACCGAGGAGCUGACGGGCAACAAGCAGAAUGCUACAACGAUUGUCAAUCUGCACAGCCAACGCUACAAGAUCGAGGGUGUCGAUAAUCCUCCCUCAUAUCAGCCGGGCAAGGCCUUUGUCUUUCAGAUUGUGGUCAAGAAUGUGGAUGGUUCGCCGGUCAGGGAUUCCACGAAGAAGGUCAAACUGAGCUUCAUGAACGGGAAUCGAUUUUCCGGAGGAACUCGGCAGGAGUUCAACUUUGAGGGACCUCUAAACGAACACGGCAUGGCCUCCUUCAACGUCACUCUGCCCGAAAUGGAAAUGAGUUAUGUGAGCAUAAAUGCCGAGUUCGGAGACUCCUCAUCCUACGUGGGGAGCAUCUCAAAGUUCCAUCCUGCCUUAGAAACCGACGAACCACUCAAGAUUGAAGUGAAGACCAAGACGCCAAAACUAGGCGAGACUGUUUCCUUUGAUGUCAAGUCGAAUGCCGAUAUACCCUACUUUGUGUACACGAUUGUCGCCAGGGGAAACAUCGUGGACACCGACUAUGUGGAUGUACCAAAGGGCCGCAAGACUCACACGGUCAAGUUUGUGCCCAGCUUUGCGAUGGUACCCCUGGCCACGAUCUUCGUGCACUACAUCUUUGACAACGAGUUGCGCUUUGAAGAGAAACGAAUCAACUUCGAGAUGGAUUUCACCAACUCGAUUGAAAUAUCUGCGCCGGCGGAUGCAAAGCCCAGCGAAGAGAUUAAGCUGCGUGUGAAGACGGAUUCCGAUUCUUUUGUGGGCCUUCUCGGAGUGGACCAGAGUGUUCUGCUGCUGAAGUCCGGCAACGAUCUGAGCCGUGAUGAGAUCUUCAACAGCCUCAGCAAAUACCAAACGACGACCCCCUAUCGUCGCGGCUUUGGCCGAUAUCCUGGAGAGACCUCAGGAUUGGUGACCCUGACCAAUGCCAACUAUCCCUACAAUACGGGUUAUCCUAGGUGGUUUUCCUCAGGAGACUAUUUCUUAAGGUCUGGAGGAAUUGAAGCACGUACUUGGUAUGCGAUGCCCCAAUCCCGCGCCUUUGGCUCAGGCCUUGCGGCUGCUUCGGCAUCAGAACCACAAUAUUACGAAGAAUUGGCACCAUCGGCACGAGCACCAGCCCCACCACCAGUGAUACGUAAAGAGUUUCCGGACACGUGGAUAUUCCUAAAUAGUUCCGAAACGGAUGCCGAUGGCUUCACUUUUGCGAAGAAAGUCCCGGAUACCAUUACCUCAUGGGUUGUCACGGGCUUCUCGCUGAACCCCAGCUCGGGCAUCGCCCUGACCAAGAACCCCAGCAAAAUCCGAGUAUUCCAGCCAUUCUUUGUGUCCACCAACUUGCCGUAUUCCGUGAAAAGGGGCGAAGUGAUAGCUAUACCCGUGAUCAUAUUCAACUACUUGGACAAGACCCUCGAUGCCGAGGUCACCAUGGACAACACGGAUAAAGAGUUCGAGUUCACAGAGGCCACAAACGAGGUGGAGGAGAAGGCCAGCGACGAGGUGCGCCGAGUAAAACGCGUAACGAUACCCGCAAACAGCGGCAAGAGCGUCUCGUUUAUGAUUCGCCCCAAGACUGUGGGCUCCACCACCCUGAAGAUUACCGCCACUUCGCCCCUAGCCGGCGACACCAUUCACCAGAAGUUGAAGGUGGAGCCCGAGGGUGUCACUCAGUUCGUGAAUCGAGCGGUUUUCAUCAACCUGAAGGAACAGCCCGAGAUGUCGGAGACUCUCGAAGUGCAGAUACCCACGGAGGCGGUGCCCGACUCGGAGUUUAUCGAGUUCUCGGUGAUGGGCGACCUGCUGGGUCCCACACUCCAGAAUCUCGACAAUCUGGUGCGAAUGCCGUACGGCUGCGGGGAGCAGAACAUGGUGAACUUUGUGCCCAACAUCCUGGUGCAGAAGUACUUGGAGGUGACCAACCGCAAAAUGCCCAGCAUUGAGGCCAAGGCAAGGAAGUUCCUGGAGAUCGGCUACCAGCGGGAGCUGACCUACAAGCAUGACGAUGGCUCCUACAGUGCUUUCGGCAAGUCCGAUCCGUCGGGCAGCACUUGGCUCACCGCCUACGUGAUGCGAUCCUUCCACCAGGCGGGCAAGUACACCGAUGUGGAUCCCAAGGUGGUGACCGCUGGCCUCGACUUCCUCCUGUCCAAGCAGAAGGAGAACGGAGAGUUCCCUGAGGUGGGUAAGCUCUUCGAUAACGCCAAUCAGAAUGAGUUGGCUCUCACUUCUUUCGUCCUGCUGGCCUUCUUCGAGAACCAUGAGCUCAUUCCCAAGUACCAGAGUGCCAUUGACAAGAGUGUGCAGUAUGUGGCCGAGGAGGUGGACAAGACGGAGGAUCAAUAUGCUCUGGCCAUUGCCGCUGUGGCCCUGCAGCUGGCCAAGCAUCCGCAGGCCGAGAAGGUGCUGGCCAAGCUGGAGAGCGAGGCCAAGCAGGAGAACGACCGCAAGUGGUGGUCUAAGGCAACGGAAACCAGCGGCGAGCAGUCCAGUCGCCUCACCAUCUGGCGUCCCCGCAGCAACGAUGUGGAGAUCACCUCCUACGUUCUGCUGGCUCUCCUCGAGAAGAAUCCCGCGGAGACGGCGUUGCCCAUCGUCAAGUGGCUGAUUGGGCAGCGCAACAGCAACGGAGGCUUUGCCUCGACCCAGGACACAGUCAUCGGCCUGCAGGCACUGACCAAAUUCGCCUCCAAGACAGGCUCGGGCACUGGCACAAUGGACGUUGAGUUUGUUCCCUCGAACGGCACCAAGUCCACCAUCAAGGUGGAACCCGAAAACGCCCUGGUGCUGCAGACCCACGUACUGCCAAAGACCACGCGUAAGGUCGAUUUCACGGCCAAGGGCACGGGGUCGGCGAUGGUUCAGCUCUCGUAUCGCUACAACCUGGCCGAGAAGGACAAGAAGCCCAGCUUCAAGGUUACGCCCACGGUGAAGGACACCACCUCCAGCCAGCUGCUGGUGGUCGACAUUUGCGCCGAGUACAUUCCGCUCGAGGAUGGCGACAAGGACAAGGACUCCAAUAUGGCUGUCAUGGAGAUCGUUCUGCCCUCCGGCUUUGUGGGGGAUGCCGAUAGUCUGAGCAAAAUCCAGGCCGUCGACCGGGUGAAGCGGGUGGAAACCAAGAACUCCGACUCCACGGUCAUUGUGUACUUUGACAGCCUGACACCCGGCGAUGUGAAGUGCCUGCCCGUGGAGGCAACCAAGGCGCAUGCUGUGGCCAAACAGAAGCCCGCCGCCGUUUCCCUCUACGACUAUUACGACACGGAACGCCGUGCCACCGAGUACUACCAGGUGAAGUCCUCCCUCUGCGAUAUCUGCGAGGGCAGCGACUGUGGCACCGGUUGCAAGAAAGAGUGAAGGAGUGAAGAAGAGUGAAGCUUGCAAAAUAAAUAAAUAAUCUAAUCAGGUCUAUGAAAAUGUA